GGCGUGUCUAGAGAAGCUCGCUCAAACUUUUGCACGAACACCUAAAAGUUCAAUGGUCCAAAAGGACGGCUCUGGUCGAGAGAUAGAGAGAGAGUAAGAGAGAGAACCGCCUCAGAGAGCGUAAUCACGAAAGAUCAAAUCACCAAGAAUCAUCAUCCACCACCUCUCACUCCCCUUAUCGUACGCCUCUUUAUCUUCGGUCCUUUUAACGUACGCACACGCCAAAGUACGAAAUAGAAAGAGACGGUAAGAGAUUUAUACGACUUUCAAAGUACAAAUCUUUCCCUGAAACAACCCUUGGACUCUCUCCCUCUCUCUUUGGGUAUAUGAUAUAGAGAACAAAAUGAUGUCCCAUGUCUUCUGUGUCUGCUUCAUGCAACAUGUUGGUUUGGAUUUGGUUACAAAAGAUGCAAUCUAAAGUUUAGGAUAAGGUUUUCGGAUUCUCUCUUCACCCUUGUAAUAGUUUCUUGUCGGAGAGCCGCAACAACAAAAAAGAAAAAAAAGGGAAUGCUGCGAUCGGAGGAGUUGAGAGUCCAGUGACGUCAUCAGCUCCGUCUUUGCAUCACAGAAACAACAACCCGACUAUGACCCGGUCGGAUCCAAGAUUGGACCAUGACUUCACCAACAACAGUGGAAGCCCUAUUACUCAGACUCAGAACAGCCAAGAAGAACAGAACAGCCGUGACGAGCUACCCGCCGUCGAACCCGGUUCCGGAUCCGGGUCUACGGGUCGACGUCCAAGAGGAAGACCUCCUGGUUCCAAGAACAAACCAAAGAAUCCGGUGGUUGUCACCAAAGAAAGCCCCAACUCGCUGCAAAGCCAUGUCCUCGAGAUCGCAACCGGAGCUGACGUGGCGGAAAGCUUAAACGCCUUUGCUCGUAGACGCGGCAGAGGCGUUUCGGUUCUGAGCGGUAACGGUUUGGUCACUAAUGUCACUCUGCGUCAGCCUGCUGCCUCUGGAGGAGUUGUGAGCUUACGUGGUCAGUUUGAGAUCUUGUCUAUGUGUGGUGCGUUUCUUCCAACCUCUGGUUCUCCUGCUGCAGCUGCUGGUUUAACCAUUUACUUGGCUGGAGCUCAAGGUCAAGUCGUGGGAGGUGGAGUCGCGGGACCGCUUAUUGCAUCUGGACCGGUUAUUGUGAUUGCUGCUACGUUUUGCAAUGCUACUUACGAGAGGUUACCGAUUGAAGAUGAGCAACAACAAGAGCAGCUACAACCGCAACAGGAAGAAGCUAAGAAGGAGAAGGAAAAUGAUGAUAAUGAGAGUGGGAAUGAUCGGAAUGAAGGGUCUAUGCAGCAGCAGCAGCAGAUGUAUAAUAUGCCUCCUAAUUUUAUGCCAAAUGGUCAUCAAAUGGCUCAACAUGAUGUGUUUUGGGGUGCUCCUCCGCCUCGUGCUCCUCCUUCGUAUUGAUAAAUUAGAUAGGCGGGUGGUUUGCAAGGGUUUCUUUUAGCAGGAAUGAUUUACAUUUUCCCAUCUGUUGAAAUCAUUUAGGAUGGUUAGGCUUUUGUUUGUUAAGCUCUCUCAAAGUUUUCUUCUUUUUUUUUGUGCGGAUUAAUCUUGUGACAUUUAGCUAGUGUUUGUUUGUUUGUUUGUUUUGUGGCGGUGAUUACUGGUUUUUCUGACUGAUUAUUUUGAUCGCGGAUAGCUUUUGAUGAAGACAAACUGAUUGUAGAAUUGCCUUUUUGAGUUUUGAUGUUCUUCUUCUUUCUUUAAGAAGUGGAAAAAACUGGAGCAAUGUCUUGAAGAGAAAUGGUGUGUGGCUUCUUACAUUGAAAGCAUUUAUGACUCGUUCCUUUCUUAAUGUUGGUAAGUGUGAUUCUCAUUGAGCUUUCUUUGUUUCUCAAGGCAUCUUAAUUGUUUAAAGCAUUGUUUAGUUCAUUUCUUAGAUUUUUGCACUUCAAACUCUUACUUGUUGAGGCCGGUUAGUUUGGUUCAGGUAUUCGCUCUAUUACUUUAUUCUUCUCGAGCUUGUGAUGUGGUAAAUACUAGUUAUCAAGGGCAUGGCUUACUUGCAAGUAGAUAACCAUGGUUAUAUGUAGCGAUUUAAGGAGUUUGCAUUUGCUACAUUUUGAAUCUUUAAUUCUAUCGACAUAAGAGCAUACAGAAUAGGAUUCUAGCUCCGCGGCGAUUAGGGUUAGUGAGGUCUUAUGUGCUUAAUAGUGAUAUGUUCUCACAUACAAGUGUUUAUUGUUAACUCUUCUAGUGAGAGUUGUUUGGUAGCUGAGGAACUUCAAAAAAGGUGAUUUCAUUGGUUUUUGGUUUUGGUCCCAACGUUUUAUUGCCAAAAAAGGGUGUUGUUAUGGUUUCCUUAAAUAUGGUACUUUUUUGGAUAUUUUCCACAGUCUUUGGUCUUACAAAUUCCUCCUUUUGUGUUACACUUGCAAUACAAGCAAAUCAAAAUAGAAGUACGGACGAUUUGGUCCCAUCAUAACUUAACUCCGUAUUUUUGUAUUUCAACGGUUGAGUACAAAAUGAUAACGUUUUUUAACUCCUUGGGAUGAUUUAUUUUUAUUUCUGUGGGUUAACGAUUUAGCCAUCUACGUAAUUUUUGUGGGAAAAUUGUUGCCAAGGUUUAUAAUAUAUUAAUUGUUUAUUUGUGUUUUGCGAUUGCAAGUUCAUUUUGAAAUAUUUUGUUGGUGUAUAAAAAGCAUAAUAUAUUAACAUGCAAAUGUGAAAA